AUGUCACAAGAAGACAUAGAAGGAACUAACAUUCUGGACGAACCUGUUCACGGGAUCUAUAUCCCGGCCGCGCUAUUUGUUGUUGGUGUUGCCAUCACCACGUAUAUGUCUGGUGAAUUGAAAAUCCUGUGGAGUUUACCCAUCCUCUUCAUGAUCAUCUUCGUCAGAGCAUACUCUGCCUACAAAAGAAGAAGGUCACUGUAUCCAGAUAAGUGGACUUCAUUAGAAUUGGAAGAUCAAACCAUAAUUUCCAAGAAUACCGCCCUGUAUCGUUUUAAGUUGAAGACAAGACUGGAAAGCUUGGAGAUUCCCGCUGGCCAUCAUGUUGCUGUACGCGUUCCAAUUGACGGCAAACAAGAAGUCAGAUACUAUAAUCCGAUCAGUUCUAGAUUGGAAAGUGGAUACUUGGAUUUGGUGGUAAAAGCAUACGUUGAUGGUAAAGUCUCCAAAUAUUUCGCUGGCUUAAAUUCUGGUGACACCGUGGAUUUCAAGGGGCCAAUAGGCACUUUGAACUACGAACCAAAUUCCUCCAAGCAUUUAGGUAUCGUAGCCGGUGGUUCUGGUAUCACGCCAGUCCUACAGAUCUUGAAUGAAGUCAUCACCGUUCCUGAAGAUUUGACGAAAGUCUCCCUGUUAUAUGCCAAUGAGACCGAAAAUGAUAUUCUGUUGAAGGACGAACUGGACGAGAUGGCCGAAAAAUACCCACAUUUCCAAGUUCAUUACGUACUUCACUACCCAUCUGAGAGAUGGGCCGGAGAUGUCGGCUACAUCACCAAGGACCAGAUGAGCAGGUACUUGCCGGAAUAUUCGGAGGACAACAGGCUCCUGAUCUGUGGACCUGAUGGAAUGAACAACUUAGCUCUUCAAUAUGCUAAGGAACUAGGCUGGAAGGUCAAUUCAACGACAAGUUCUGGUGACGAUCAAGUCUUCGUCUUUUAA